UUCAUCAUCACUACUUGCUGUCGGCGGCGCACUGUUUUUUUGGCCCGGAGACGAGCAGUGCCGCCCAACUGCGGGUGGUGGUGGGCGAGCACGACUUGGCCAGUGCCUACGAGACGUUCGCCACCCGUCGCUACGACCUUGAGGCCCUGAUCCUGCACGAGGAGUUCAGCCAGGCGAACGGACAGCCGAGGAACGACAUCGCCCUGCUGAGGACGCGAACGCCGAUCGCGUGGAGUCGGAACGUGGGUCCCGCGUGCCUGCCACUGCAACCGACGGAGGAUGGCAGGAAGCUUCCACUGGCGGGGCACCAGGUGGUCGCCGCCGGAUGGGGCACCACUUCCUACGGCGGACCACAGACCCACCGCCUGCUGAAGGCCACCUUGGAUGUGAUUGACGGGCAGCAGUGCCGGCAGACUUUGAUCUCCGCCGGAGUAGGAGUUCCGCCGCACUCCUUUUGCACCUACACGCCCGGGCGGGACACCUGCCAAUACGAUUCGGGCGGGGCUCUUUACGAGCGGAUCAACGGACGUCUGGUGGCCGUGGGCAUCGUCAGUUUCGGUCAGGCCUGCGCCACCCAACAGCCGUCGGUCAACACACGCGUCGCCUCCUUCAUCAAGUGGAUCCGUUCCAAAGCCCCCGAGGUUGCCUAUUGUCCUGGCCGGCCCUGGCUCAGGAUUGCGUUUAUCCCAAUCAGAGCUCAACCGAUAGGUCCAACUGGCAACGCUAACGUGGUUGACAACGCUAACGUGGUCGGCAACGCUACCGUAAUGGCAACGCUAACACAGUGGCAACGUUGGUGCGAUCGUGAUCAGGUGAUAACGCUGGUGCGAUCGUGA